UCCUGAGGUCUAAAGCCGUCAAUCACGUUGAUGUCUGUCGCCCACUUUUGUUGUCGUUCUAUUUCCAAUGACAACUCCGUGACACUUACAACUCGAUUACCUUCGGUGGAAGGAGCCAGGAAACUGCUUUGCACUUGGCCAAACCGAGAGGACUAAUAUAUGUAACAAGAGAUAUAGUCCUUGAAGCAACAGUACCAUCCCAAAUUAUUUCCAUUCAGCCUCCUCACUCAUCCUCCUGCAAUCAAACAACAUGGAUCUGAGCCUCGGAGCCUCUUCCUCUUCUUCUUCUUCUUCUUCUUCUUCUUCUUCCACCCAUUCAUUCACACAUGAUGUCUUUCUGAGCUUCAGAGGUGAAACACGCAACAAUUUCACAGGCCAUUUGUACAGCAAUUUGGUUAACAAGGGAGUUAAGACCUUCAUAGAUAAUGAGCUUACAAGAGGAGAAGAUAUAAGAAAGGAGCUUCUCGAAGUAAUUGAAGGAUCAAGGAUUUCCAUUGUUGUAUUUUCUGCAAACUAUGCAUCUUCAAAGUGGUGCUUGGAUGAACUUGUCAAGAUCUUUCAAUGUAAAGAAUCCAGGCAACAAAUCGUUUACCCAAUUUUCUACAAGGUAGAUCCGUCGGAGAUACGAUACCAGAAGGGCCAGGUUGGUGAUGGAAUUGCUCACCUCAGCAAAUACGAGGAUAACUUAAUGAAGGUGGGGAGUUGGAAGGCAGCCCUUACACAAGCAGCAACUUUGUCUGGGUGGCACAUCUCGGAUGGAGGGCAUGAAGCGAAUUUCAUUGAUGAAAUUGUUAAAGUGAUAUCAACCAAAACAAGGAAAUGCACCCUUUUAGAUGUGGCAACACAUCCUGUUGGAAUAGAAUCUCGUGUAGAAGACAUACUUAAGCUCUUAAAUGUAGAGCAAGGCGAUCCUCACAUGGUAGGGAUAUGGGGAAUUGGCGGGAUAGGAAAAACAACACUUGCAAAAGCUGUUUACAAUUCAAUUAGCCAUAAGUUUGAACAUUGCUGUUUCUUGAAAAUUGUUAAAGAAAAAUCACAUGGAGGUCUUGUUGAGCUACAAAAUAAUUUUCUUUCUAAGAUUAUAGAGAGGAAUCUACCUAAUGUGACCAAUGUUGAUGAAGGAAUCACUGUGCUGAAGCAAAACCUAAGACAGAAAAGGGUUCUCUUAGUUCUUGAUGAUGUGGACAGCUUGGAUCAAUUAAAAAAACUUGCUGGAAGGUGUGAUUGGUUUGGUCCAAGAAGUAGAAUUAUCAUAACAACAAGAGAUACGAAUUGCCUAAGUGCCCAUGAAGUCAAUUCAAUAUAUGAGGUCAAGGAAUUAAAUCAUCAAGAAGCUUCAAAGCUCUUCAAUUUCAAUGCCUUCAAAAGAAAUAUAUGUCUGGAUGACUUCUUUGAACUUGCAAAUGAGGCAAUACGUUAUGCUAAAGGGAUUCCGUUAGUUUUGGAAGUUUUAGGGGCAGAUCUAUGUAGUAAAGAGGAUAAGGAUGAGUGGAAAGAGGCAUUAGAGUAUUACAAGAGAUAUCCUAACCAAGAGAUUCAAAAAACUCUCCAAAGAAGUUACGAGGCAUUGCCUGAUCGGAUAAAAGAAGUUUUUCUUCAUAUUGCAUGUUUCUUUAAAGGUGACAAACAAAGCUAUGUGAUAAAUGCACUAGAAAGCUGUGACUUGUAUCCCAAACAUGCUCUCAAAGUCCUCGUAGAAAAGGCCUUAAUAAAAAUUGAGGAAGACAAAAGAAUUUGGAUGCAUGACCAUUUAGAAGACAUGGGAAAAGAAAUUGUUCGGCAAGAGUCUCCUAAUGAGAAAGGAAAACGCAGUAGAUUGUGGCUAUAUGAGGAUGUUUGCGAGGUUCUUGAGGAAAAUGAAGGAACGGAUAAAAUUAAAGGCAUCGGGGUAGGAGAUUUUUAUUCACAAAAGAUAUGCUUGAACCGCGGAAGCUUCACAAACUUGAAAAAUCUUGAAAUUUUUAUAGUCCGUGGAAAGGGAGGGAUGCUUUAUGGAGAGGGCGUGGAUUAUCUCCCCAACCACUUGAGGGUCCUUCACUUGAUUUCAUUACAAUAUGUCGGGGGAUUGAAUUUGAAGGGUAUGCGAUAUUUGAAAUCUAUCAAAUUGUCGGAGUGCUCUGGUUUAACAAGAAUUCCCGACUUGUCUGGAUUAACAAGCUUGAAGUAUUUGGAGGUGUCUUAUUGUUUUAGUUUAGUUGAAGUUCAUCCUUCGGUUGGCCGUCUCGAUAAGCUCGUCAGUUUGAUACUCACCCAUUGUUACAAGCUGCAGAUGUUUCCAGAGAGGAUCAACUUGAAAUCCUUGGAAAUUCUGUAUCUAUCUAAUUGCUGGGAUCUUAAGUUCUUCCCUGAAAUUGAUGGAGACAUGAAGUCGUUGAAAUACCUGGAUCUAAGUCAGACUGGGAUCGAAGAGUUACCUUGCUCAGUUGGAAAUCUCACUGGCCUUAAAUCCUUGUCUCUGUGUCGCUGUCAAAAUCUGAGAAAUGUACCAUCGAGCAUCUUCUAUGGAUUGCAACGUCUGGGGGAGCUAGAUCUACGGUACUGCUAUAACCUUGUUACAUUUCCAGAGAGGAUCAACAUGAAAUCUUUGGAAAUUCUGGAUCUCUCUUAUUGCCGUCAUCAUAAGUUCUUCCCUGAAAUUGAGGGAGACAUGAAGUCGUUGAAAUACCUGGAUCUGGGUUGCACUGCCAUCAAAGAGUUACCUUGCUCAGUUGGAAAUCUCACUGGCCUUAAAUCCUUGGUUCUAUCUCACUGUCAAAAUCUGACAAAUGUACCAUCGAGCAUCUUCUAUGGAUUGCAACGUCUGGAGGAUCUAGAUCUACGGUACUGCUAUAACCUUGUUACAUUUCCGGCAAAGUCAGAAUCACUUCCUCCACCGGUCUUUUCAACUACCCUGUCGACAUUACAAGUUGAUUUGAGCCAUUGCUGGCGGCUUGAAGAAAUUUCAGAAUUUCCACGAGAAAUAGCUUGUCGGUGGGAAGGUUGUAGGUCAUUGGAAAGAGUUUCAUACUUGUCAAAAAUUUGGAGAGUAAAGAUUCAAAAAUGUCCGGUCGGUUGGACUUGACUAGUUGUCCGAGACUCUGCGACGAUCUGGCUCGUCGAGCAGUAUUUCAUCUGGCCAAGAAGAGAAAGAUGACAUCAUCACCGUUUGUGGGAACCAAGGAAUUGAUGGGAGGGGAUGAUAAAUUGGCGGCUCUGUUGACUCUUUUUUUCUCUCGUGCGAAAUCUGAAGAAUUCCACGUAGAAUUUCUCGGAUUUGCGGCUCUGAUUCAGUUUCCAAACUGGUUCACCUGCCGCCGUCUGUAUGAGGGAUUCAUACCUAAACAGAUUGGAUUCUGCAUUGAAAUUCCUCAAAACUCCAAUUGGGACAGCAAAGGGUUGGCUCUCUGUAUUCAAUCGUGGUUACCUAGUGUCCCUUAUUUAUUUUCGAAGUUUCCUGAGGUCCCUUUUUCUGUUUACAUCAAUGGAGUAAAGUUUGAUGAAAUAAGUAGGAGGUGGCACGGGACUGUGUGGGUGCAUUAUAUUCCAUUGGUUACAGUAAUAAGGAGGUUGAGUGAGUGUGGGAUGCCGCCACCUGAUAUGUUUCGAGUUAUGUUUUGUUUUGGAGAUAAUUCUGAUGAAAGAGGAAUGCCUCGGACGGGAAGCUGGGGAGUCCACCUGAUCGAAGAUUUGGAAGAAGAAAGCCGAUAAUAAUCCAGCUGACUUCCAGUAGAAACGCAUUCUGUUGUCCAAGUAUAUGCUCAUUCUGCUGCCACUGAGUAUGACAUUGACACACCCGAGUUACUAAACACUUACCUCCGAAGAACUACUCCUUUGAAAACAUGAUGCUCGAUCAUCAUCAUACAAUGUUAAGGAGUUCAAUUUAGAGGAAAUGAUUGAGUGAGUCUUUGGAAUCAAACCUCUAGAGCAUGAUCAAUGGAGUUGAUAAUACCUACACCGAGGGUCUAUAUGUCUGAAUUAUUAAGUUGAAUCGCAAAGGAACUAGAUGCUCCAGAUAUGGCUGAUACAAUAGAGCAAGUGGAUUAUGUACUUCAUUAGCAAGCAAGGUUGGACCUACCAUGGAUUUCAUUCAUUUUUGCCAUGCCUAGUCAAACACACCUCAAGAGGGUUUGGGUCUCUUGCAGCUUUGGUGGCAUAGUGAAUCCCCGUCCUCUUCUCCAGUCAAUUGUCACUAUCCCAUUAGCGAGUGUAAUGGAUUCUGUUUCACAAGGUUACUUCCAAUGUUGUCCAGACCUUCUGGGUUCUAAUGUCUACCUGAAAUUAGUUCAGCACUCUUUUCGCUUGUUUUCAUUUUCUUUUAGUAUAGGCAGUAAUGUUUGCGAGUUAGUUUACCUUUGUUACUGUGAAGUUCUUGAUGAAUAAUCUGAUUAAGAUGAAAGGAGAACAGCAUUUGGGCCUCUUAAGAAGAAGGCAAUACAUGCUUGUUGCAAGUUUGGGUCAUCCUUGGAAAAAAGGGUUCAAGGGGUAGAGCAAUGUCUGCCCAGAUUGAGGAGGACACUGAUGCAGAAGAGCUGCAGGCGGGUGGAAGCAUUUCACCAAGAGCUUAUAUUGGAACAACAUGGUGAUUGAUCAACAUAUAUAAGAUGCUGAGCUGGUACAGAUUUUUAAGGGCCCAGCAAGUGUGGGAUGAUAUGCUCAACUCAAGGAAGGAAUUUUUCUGUUCAACUGUGACAGACUGAUCUAAUCAGUGGGAUGCCAAACUGAUCGAGAUUAAUUAGUUUAGUACUGGAUUCUACUCUACACUCAGCUUUGCAACUCUUGAUAUUUGACAAGGUGAAAAUCAGCAAUGUUGUCGUCUUAAGGCAUGCUAAAAUGAAUCUAGAGAUCUGAUCAAGACAAUAAUGAGUCACUGAGUUUAGGUGCUGUCUUCUAAUUACAUACGCGCAAUGAUCUAUGUAGAAUGCAUUGUAAAGUGCUUUCAAGAAGAUUUUGGAUUCUUGGUAGCAGCCUUCAUGGUGUAUUGCAUCCCUACUUUUCCGUCAAUUCUCAGCAUUACCAGCAGUCUGGAAAUGCCAACAUGUAUUCUGCAUCGUACAUCUGCAUACUAAUGCAAUCAUUUCGAUUUUGCACAGCUCGUGUCUUAGAGAGACCAUGAUCCUCCCUCUGCAGUAGGAAUACGAAACCUACACGACUACUUUAAAUACUCAAUGUCGCCCAAACCUCCAACACAAAUUGUUCCAACUGGUGCAAGGUUAACAUUGACAAAGUCUUGCAGCUCUGUCUCUGGAAGAAUUGGUGCAGGAGAAUAUUAUGAAGGAAUUUAGCAACUGGAUCAUAGGUUUUUCUGUAAGCCUUGCUCUUGGUACAAUUAUGAACUUAAGUGUAGGGUUUAUUCACGGGUCUUCUUAUUCCAGCUUAGUUAAUCUACAAAGACCCUAUUCCGUGACACUAGCUGGGACAUCUCAGUGACUCGUGUCUAGCUACAAGGUAAUCAAUGAAACAGCAGAUAACUUGCCAAGCUUGAUCAUCCUUAGCUACAAGAAGUCUUAUGGAUUUGUAAAGUCUGGGGCUUUGCAAUAUUGCAAAUGCAAUGCUAUAGUUUCUUUCGUGCCUAGGUGCCAGACUUCAAAUGCACCCUAUGUAGUUGAAUUUUAGAUACGGCUUUGUGUGCCACAUGAACGUUUUUUUUUUUUUUUUUUAAUAUGGGAAACUGAUUCGUUUC